AAGGGGGAAGAGCAGAGGAAAGAGAGGGAUGCUGGAGAGGGAGGGGAUGAAAACAGGAGCCGGGGCUAGCGUGAGCAGCAGAGGUCACCGGGGAUGGAAAGCACACACACAUGCAGCAGGCGCAGCAUAGAUGCAGCGUUUUUGUGCAGCAGCAGCAGCAGAUCAGGUUGUCCUGGCUCCUGAAGACGCUUCACGGGACGCUGAGGACGAGAUCACCGUUAUGCCGGUCUCCAUGGUAACUGAGUCCUACCGGUUAACGGACUGGUCUGCGGUUUCCGAGGCCCCGCCGGCUGCCAACCUCACGGAGCUGGAGCGGGACCCCCUGCUGGCCGUGGCGGAGGUGGUGGUUCUGGCCGUCAUCCUGUUGCUGGCGCUGGUCGGGAACGGGCUGGUUCUGGUGGUUCUGCUGCGGCGGAGGCAGAACCACAGCCCGCUGCACCAGUUCAUGCAGAACCUGUGUGUGGCUGACCUGGUGGUGGCGCUGUUCCAGGUGUUGCCUCAGCUGGUGUGGGACGCCAGGGGGCGCUUUCCGGGCCCAGACUUCCUGUGCCGCCUGGUGAAAUACCUCCAGGUUCUGGGGAUGUUCGCCUCUUCCUACAUGAUUGUGGCCAUGACAGUAGAUCGCCACUAUGCGAUCUGCUGCCCCCUGCAGGCGCACCGGAGUGGUGCAACAAAGCGCUGGAACACGCUCAUAUUGCUGGCCUGGAGUCUCUCCCUGCUGCUCAGCUUUCCACAGGUUUUCAUCUUCUCCCGUUCUGAAGUGGCGCCAGGUGUCUAUGAGUGUUGGGGACACUUUGCCCAGUCCUGGGGCCUCCAGGCCUACGUAACAUGGAUGACCCUGGCCAUCUUCAUCAUCCCCGUCCUCAUCAUCACUUUUUGUCAGGUGCGCAUCUUCAAGGAGAUUCAUCGGAGUCUGUACAGGAGAUCAGAGCGCCGCCUGUCCCCCACUCCUCUUCCUCUGUCCAGACAAGACAGCCAGAGCGGAGGAGGAAGAGCAGGAGGAGGAAGGUCUGACCUGCCGGUUUAUGUCUCACCUCUCACCUUCUACAACCCUGGGAGUCCCAACACCUCUGAUGGUGGAUCGGCCCUCCAGAUGAAUCCGGUCCGGUCCGGCAGCGCGUCUUCACAAACAAAAACCAGCUGUGCUGCGCCCCCUGCUGUUAGCUCCACACACCCCCACAAAGCCCCAGUGGCCAGGGCUGGAGAGGUGACCGCUGCCAUGUCAAAAACGGUGAAGAUGACCCUGGUCAUUGUUCUGGUCUACUCCAUCUGCUGGGCCCCGUUUUUCAGCGUGCAGCUGUGGGCCGCCUGGGACCCCGACCCGCCUCAGAGAGACACGGCGUUCACGCUGCUGAUGCUGCUGGCCAGCCUGAACUCCUGCACCAACCCCUGGAUCUACUCCGCCUUUUCCAGCAGCGUCUCUCCGGAGCUGCGGCGGCUGCUGUUCUGCCGGAAGCCUCCGCAUCGACGAGGCUCUUUGCCCAACGACUCCACGGCUACUCACACCUCCAACUCCUGACGGCCCGACACUCCUCAGUCAGCGGCCGAGUUCAUCACCUCGGAAUAGCCGAGGCCGCAGUUUGUGUGGUCGUUAAUAGUAAUAUUACUAAUUAAAUCAGUCGUCUGUGCGAGAACUGUUGACGUCCCCAACGGCGCCCCGCAUGAAGAACGUUGACGUCACGCUCUGUUUGCGGAAGUAUUAACGGAUGGAGCCGUUUAUGGAUCGAUUUUAAAUUUGAAAACACUUUUUUCGCUUCACACGAGUCACGUGAUCAACUGCUAGACGUUACUACUGGCGAAAACGAUGAAGAUAACAGGAAGUAGCAAGUUUAUCCAGUUGCUACUAUGAUUAUCGGGUGAGCAAGCUAAUGGAAACACAGAAAUUACAGAAUUAUGUUUUUCAACAAGGAGAAUAGCUAAUGUUGAGAAACAUUAGCUAUUUAACGUAGCAUUUACAUUAAUACUGGUAAUCUAGGGGCUGGGGGCAGAUUGUGGUUGCCUUUCCCUGCUAUGUGAAUCUAUCAAAGUUGUUUCAGUGACAUGUUACAAGGUGUGAAAUGUUGAAAAUCCACCUAGAGAAAAGCCAAAGCUGUUAGAAAGAUGAAACCUAGUUUCUAGUCAAUUAUUUUUGAAGUUGAUUUACAUGAGAUUUCCACAGUGGAAUGUCUCACUAUAUUUUCACAGAACCAGGAAUUAGAUUAGGUAACCCAAUAAUUUCUCUGCAACUUGUGUAAAAAAGGAGAUUCAGCUAAUCAGUGGAUAAAGGAAUGGGUCUUUUGACCCUAUAUGAAAUGCAUGAAGUCAAACUUUUGACUAAGUAUGAUUGUUUAAAAUAAAAGCCAGUUUAAAAACAUGCACAAAUGUAAACAUCCACUCAGACCUGUUUUUUGAGUUUAUAUGUAGACCCAAUGGGAACCUUUUAAUAACUGCUCAUUUUUUAAAUAAAAAGAACCCAAGUGUGUUUAAAUCAUAAAAGCCAUUUAUUCGUGAUCACUCAGAAACACACAAAACAAUGAAACUCCCACUGCAACUAAGAGAAUAAACUUUCCAAAAGUAACAAGUAUGCUGUGCUGUACCGUUCAACAAAAAAAAAGAAAAAGUUACAUUAUUUCUGUAGUUUCACCGUGUCUCGUUUUCUAUAAAAAUAAUUUAUCUGUCUGCUGUGAUUGAAGGAACAACGUGGGUUGAGAGCAGAGGAAUGUGUACACAGUUAAACAGCAGAUGAAGAAGAAACCGUCCAUGAAGCUGGAGAGAUGGAC